AUGUCUCUUGUCGCUGCUGUGUCCGCUCCAGCGGCAUCGUCCGCAAAGGCCUUCUCGCAUUUCUCGCCUCUGCGAUGCCGCGGGCCCCUGGGGGUUGGCUCUCUGGACAGAUUCGCUCUGAAGGACUCGCUGCCGGUCUCCGCCGGGGGUUGUGGUGGUGCGCCAGCGCGUGCUGAGGGACCCUCACUGCCAGUUUGCGGCACGGCUUAUGACGAAAAUGAUGCCUUCUUCAACGCGUCGCUUGUGCGGCCCUUCUUUCCAGCGCAGCUCUUCCCUCGCUCUUCGAAAAGACGCCACGCGUGCACCACGGGUUCAUGGCAGGACGCAAAGAAGUCUGCAACAGACUCGCCCGCGCCUCCGCUCAAAAAGGCGCGGAGCGGAGCCGCCGUGUCGGCGUCCCCUGGUCGUGUCGCGGCGACAAGCAGGCCUCCGUCUGCCAAGGCGCUGCCAGCGACCGUAUCCGAUACUCUCCGCGCUGGCAGGCAGUGCCUGGGCGACAGGGCCUCCAAUGCAAAAAUUCACGCGGAAAACCUGGUCGCCCCUCGGAGUGAGGAGGCGCAGUCCGCGGCGUCGGAGAACAAGAUGAAGGCGUGGGUUCUGGGUGUCGCAGCUGCUGUGUGGGAAGUCCGCGGCAGCCGGAUGGCGGAGGCGUACGAGCGCGAACUCAUGGCAGUCCACGACCAGCCUGUGUCUCGGCCGACAACCAGCCAGCCAGAGGAGCCGCGGACGAGGAAUGACGGCGAGUUCGCGGCUCUCCAAGGAGAGAUUCGCCGUCUUGAAAAGAGACUCGAGGAGGUGGCUCAGAUGCAACGCGAGUCUCUUACAGAAGUGCAGCAAGCACAUGUGCGAAACCUGCAGCGCCUGCGAUCGUCGCUUCUCGGCCGGCAGCAGGAAAUGCGAGACAUUUUGCAGCAGCUCUCUCAGCAGCAGUGCCAGAGGAGGAUGCUGGGCGAGAAAGGCAGACAUGCCUGCCCGGACCUCAUGGAGCGGUUGCGACAUCUGAUGGAUGAACAGGAGCGCCGCGUCACGCUGCUCUACGUCCAGCAGGUCAACAACCUUCAGGACGCGCUUCGCAAGUCGCUGACGAGAACUAGCGCCCACGCAAAAGACUUCUCGCCUUGCUCCGAAAAAGGGUCUCCAGUGUCUCCUGGAGGCGACGACGCGGCUGCCGCCAGACGGGAGCACGCCGACGCUCACCGCUGGCGGGCGCUCUGCUGCGCGGACUCGGUCAUGUCUGAGAAGCGCGUCAAGAAGAAGCCGCCUCCGUUCUCAAACUCCAACAGCAGCCUCAAGCGCCGCAGUGUCUGCAUGCUUCGUGGACUGGCGUCGGCAGCUCGAAGCGAGACCAUUCCAAAGAAAGCGGAGGCCUCGAGAAAGAAGCCUGGCCAUCUGCCCCUCUAUCGCGCGAAGCAGAAAAUUUGA